AUGUCUACAACAAAUUCUAUAAGCGACGGUGGCAACAUCGUAGAAGGAGAGGCUGUGGAAGAAAUCUACGCUUGGAUAGACCAGAUUCAGUUCUCCAGACCAAAGAAAAUCAUAGCACGAGACUUCUCAGACGCUGUUUUGAUGGCCGAAUUGCUGAAGAAGUAUUAUCCUCGCUACGUUGACGUUCACAAUUACAUCGCCGGCAAUAGCAUUGCGAAGAAAAUUGAUAACUGGGCAACGUUGAACCGAAAGGUUUUAUCGAAACUUGAUAUGAAACUGAGCAAGGAAGUCAUCGGUCAAUUGGCCAACUCUCAGCAAGGUGCAAUCGAGAGGGUUUUGAGCAAUUUAAGAGCGAAGAUACUGAAGGAUUGCAACGCCGAAAGGGAUUCUCUGUAUUUUGAUUACGAAGAAAACGGCAGAGGUGGUAAGAACGGAGAUGCUGAUAGACUGGGAGAGACGGUGAGAUCUUUGCUUAAUCCAGACGAGGUUGCGAACAAGACAGUUCCUCGUCAGGUUUUUACAAAACUGAAAAUGGAGCUACAGGAGAAGAACGAAGCGAUAAAUACUCUGAACCAUAAAGUCUCGCAUCUCGAAAGUUUAAUGAAGCUUAAAGAUCAGAGAAUUUCUGAUUUGACCGCGCAAGUAAUAAACCCACAGGAAUCAUCAAUCAGUAAUAAAUCACAUCUCUUAGGCUCUGGCGUGCCAAAGAGUCGAAACAACAAAGUGUAGGCUGAUAUACCAGAAGUUUUUAUCAAGUCUGUUGAACCCAUGUCGACGAACUGCUGCAAUAUAAUAAUCUGCUUAUAGUUUGUGGGAUUUCAUUGAAGAAUGUACCGUCGAGCUUGUAAAUUAUGCCUAACAAUAUUAAAAUCAAAUAUCACGACAGGCAACAACGAAUUCAUUCAAUCUGUAUGUAAGAUUUCUAAUCUAAAAGCAUUUUGCCUCAUGAAUUAUUUACUCCAAUUUUGUAUAAUGUAAACUAAUAUGUUUUUUCUUUCAAACGAUCAUGAGUAAUUUGG